CGAGAAGAGUCUCAGUGGCGCGAAUAAACAAGAAUCUUUUUCAUGCAGUUGUAACUAGCCGUCCUCACUUCAGACUUAUUUGUCCAAGGGGUUUUCCAAAUAUCCUUAAAAAAAAUAGUGCAAGAAUCUACACGACAUAUUUUUAAGUGAUUAACUUUUAGGCAGCGGGCUUUUUACAGCAGAACAAUGUCGGACGCGUUGUCUGAGGACGGCAGCGACAUCAACCAAGAUGACAGCCAGGAGGACGUUAUGACUCCGGCGGAGCUGAUCGCUAAGCUAGAACAGGCCUGGCUGAAUGAGAAGUUUUCCCCCGAGCUGCUGGAGAACAAGUCAGAGGUGGUGGAGUGUGUGAUGGAGCAGCUGACUCAUAUGGAAGCUAACCUGCAGCGAGUGAAGAAGGGCGACGCCAAGGCCGGCUUCCAUCGGAUGGAGAUAGACAGGAUCCGCUUCGUCCUCAGCAGCUACCUGCGGUCCCGCCUUCAGAAGAUUGAGAAGUACUUCCCCCACGUCCUGGAGAGAGAGAAGUCUCUAGUCGAGGGUCAGCCGUCUCUGCUUUCUCCGGAGGAGUUUGCCUUUGCCAAAGAGUAUUAUGCCAACACAGAAACCUACCUGAAGGCUGUGGCGCUGAAACGCAUGCCUCCAAACCUGCAGGCUGUGGACAUGCUCAAAGCAGUGCCGGAGCCCUGCCUGGAUUCUUUUGUGUUUCUGCGGGUGAAGGAGAGGCAAGAAAAUAUUCUGAUCGAACCUGAAACGGAUGAACAGAGAGACUUUGUUGUGGAUCUUGAAGAGGGCUCCCAGCACCUGAUGCGGUAUCGCAUUGUAGCGCCUCUGGUCUCAAGCGGAGCUGUGGAGCUAAUUUGAACACGUCUGGCUCUUCGCCCUGUGAACCACAAAGGACAACUGCAUCAACAUUUAUCACAUCAGGAGAAUGUCCUGUCACACAGAUCCAGAUGUGUUUGUGACACCACCGCCUUGACAAACGGCGUAGAAGAAUCCCUCUUCUUCAGGGCUGUGCUGUUAUUUUUGGAUUGUUAUAAUCAUCAGAACUGAAGUGUCCUCAGAUUGUUGCCUUACGCGCACCAGAAUACGACCUGCCAUGUUCCCAGAUUCUUUCUGCAUCACUGAAUCAGUAUGACUCAUCAUCAUCAUCGUUAUUGGACCUUUUCUCCGCCGGUCAAUAACAGGAUGCCUUUUAUGACCUGAAGGGGAAGUCAUUUUCAGUUCCUGCCUUCCUGUGCACUCGUUUGUGUGGGAAAACGGUUGUUUUGCAAGAGGCGACGUUCGAUCGACGUGAACUUGUGCGUCUGUGUGUUCCUAAGUUAAUUGAAAUUCAGCAAACGUCCGUGCGCCGCGUUCCAACUUCAUCUUGUAAAUAUACAUUUGUACAUUCGACGCAUUUCAUCUUCAGCCGAAUAAACAUUGUCUACUGUGAGCUGUAGUUAGUGAAGCAGCAUUGUUAUGUAAGCGUGCCUGAGGGUGCAAUCAGUGCUUAUUGUUUGGCCUCACUGUAAUUGCUCAGCAGUUGGAAGUGAUAAAGAACAGACAGAGCGAGCGACCGCGUUUAGAAGUGCCGUCACGUUGACCCGCACUCUUCUCAUGCGACUGCUGCAGCUCUAAACUCUUGUUUUUAAAGCUUUUUACGAAUAAAAGUGAACAGUGUGGGAUGGUUUUGUUAUCAACCCUUCCUUAUGGUAAAGUCUCCAAGUACAAUCCAGCACAACUGAUUACCUUAAAUUAAACCGUUUAGAGGGUUUGUACCGGUGCUUGAAAAUGCUUGAAUUUCAAUAAGGUGUUUUCAAGGUUUCUAAAGUACUUGAUACCUGUGCAAUGUCCUUGGAAGGGCUUGAUAUUCAAUCUGCACAGUUUUGUAACAAAAUUGUAAUUUCAGGCGAUGACUCCUUAUGCAAUUAAAUUGCAUUUAAGCAUUUUCUUUGAGCAGGAUGGCUAUUUACCAAAUUAAUGAAUGAAUAUAGUUUCUAAUUGCUCAAUCAGUUAACUAAAAUAAAAGUGGUAUUAUAUUUUCUUAAAGUUAUUAAAAUUGCGGAUUCUUUUUGUUAAAUUUUUGUUUUGCUCCAAUUGAUUGUUUAGGAAAUGUUUUCAAUAUAUCCUACUUUUCUUUGUCUUUGCUAUGUAGAACAUUAUCACAAAACAAUAACUAAGAAAUGAUGCCAAGAGCAGUGGUGCAAUGGUUUAGAAUUAGAGGUGUCUAAAUCCAGUCCUCAAGGACACAAGUCCUACAUAUUUUGGUGCCUCCCUUCACUAACAUACCAGAAUCAAGUAUCACCAUUUGCUUGAUGAGCUGAACCAGAGAAAGAACUUUGGGUCCCACUGGUUCUGACUAAAGCACAUCCAAAUGUUGGUGUGGCACAAAGUCCAACCGUAAAUCCAAUCUAGAAUCUUGAUGAUCUGGAGUAAAAUUUUGCAAUUUUGUUUUUAAUAAAUCCUAAACUGUUGCAACAA